AUGCAGUUGACGUGGAAAGACAUCCCAACUAUUACGACGAGCAAUGAUCUGCUGGACAUUGUUCUUAAUAGAACGCAAAGAAAGACACCUACAGUGAUCAGACCAGGGUUUGCAAUCACAAGAAUCAGGUCUUUCUACAUGCGUAAGGUAAAGUUUACUGCUGAAGGGUUCGAGGAAAAGUUUGAUGAGAUUUUGAAAGGUUUCCCCAAUAUAAACGACAUCCAUCCAUUCCAUAGGGAUUUGAUGGACACUUUGUAUGAGAAGAAUCAUUAUAAGAUCUCCUUGGCAGCAGUGUCUCGUGCGAAAUCUCUUGUUGAACAAGUCUCGAGAGAUUACAACAGAUUGCUGAAGUUUGGUCAAUCACUCUUUCAAUGUAAACAAUUAAAGAGAGCUGCACUGGGUAGAAUGGCUACCAUUGUCAAGAAAUUGAAAGAUCCUUUAGCUUAUUUGGAACAAGUUCGUCAACAUUUGGGCAGAUUGCCAUCAAUUGAUCCAAAUACUAGAACUUUAUUGAUCUGUGGUUAUCCAAAUGUUGGUAAAUCAUCGUUUUUGAGAUGUAUUACAAAAGCAGAUGUUGAGGUUCAGCCAUAUGCUUUCACAACAAAAUCUUUAUACGUUGGUCAUUUUGAUUAUAAAUACUUGCGUUUCCAAGCGAUAGAUACGCCAGGUAUUCUCGAUAGACCAACGGAAGAAAUGAACAAUAUCGAAAUGCAAUCUAUCUAUGCAAUUGCACAUUUGCGUUCAUGUGUCAUGUACUUCAUGGAUCUUUCAGAACAAUGUGGUUUCACCGUGGAAGCUCAAGUUAAACUAUUUCAUUCUAUUAAGCCACUUUUCGCAAAUAAAUCUGUCAUGGUUGUUAUCAAUAAAACAGAUAUUAUCGCCCCGGAAGAUUUAGAUGAGGAACGUUCUCAAUUACUGCAAACAAUUAGGGAUCAGCCAGGUGUUGAAAUUAUGACAGCUUCUUGUCAACUUGAAGACAAUAUUAUGGAAGUUAGAAAUCAAGCCUGUGAGAAAUUAUUGGCUUCAAGAAUUGAAAAUAAAUUGAAAUCACAAGCAAGAGUUAACAAUGUCUUGAACAAGAUUCACGUCUCCAAACCGCAAGCAAGAGAUGAUGUUGAAAGAACCCCAUUCAUUCCAGAUUCCUUCAAGAAUUUGAAGAAAUACGACCCAGAAGAUCCAGAGAGAAGAAAAUUAGCAAAAGAUGUGGAAGACGAAAACGGUGGGGCUGGUGUUUACAAUUUCAACUUGAAAGAAAAUUAUUUGUUGGAGGAUGAUGAAUGGAAGAAUGACGUUAUGCCGGAAGUUCUUGAUGGUAAGAACGUUUACGACUUCUUGGAUCCUGAAAUUGCAGCCAAAUUAAAGGCUUUAGAGGAAGAAGAAGAGAAGUUGGAGAAUGAAGGUUUCUAUGAAUCUGAUGACGAUGAAUUAACUUUUGAAGGUUUUGAAAAAGAUGAAGUCGAGGAUAUAAAGUCAAAGGCUGAAUGGAUUAGAGAUAAACAAAGAAAGAUGAUUGCUGAAGCAAGAAAUAAGAAGUCUUUGCAUAAUAAAGCAAUGAUGCCACGUUCAAGACAAGUUAAGUCUUUCAGUCAAAUGGAAAAGCAUAUGUCCAAACUAGGUCAUGACAUGUCCUCCUUACAUGACAAACAAAGAAUUGCAGCCGAACAAAGUAUACGUGUUAAUUCCGGUGCUGAUAUCGUUUUCGGUGAAAAUGAAGGAUUGGGUGAGAACGCAAGAGGUUCUAAAUUAAGACAGUCAGAUAGAUUGUUGGACGGUGUUUCUGAUGGUUCUUCUAGAAGUAAGGCUGACAGAUUGGCAAAAGUACAGAGAAGAGAAAGAAAUAGAAUGGCUAGACAAGGUGAAGCAGAUAGACACGAAACUGCCUCACUGCCUAAACAUUUGUUCAGCGGUAAACGUGGUAAUGGUAAGACUGAGUUUAGGUGA